CUGGCCCACGCGGCUGGGGGUAUCGUGCCGCCAGAUUGUACCGACGUCCCCCAACAAAGCACGUGACCCCCGUUUGGUGAUAGAGAGCACCGUCUUAUGAGUGGGCAUUGGGAAGCGGCCUCAGUAAGAGUGCCUUAGUUUCAACCCUGUUUCCCAAACUCCGAUCAGAAAAGGAACAUCCUCCACCAAAGCAGCCAAUCAGCAGUUCUUCUGAACUCUGGAAGUGUGCUGGAAGUCUGGAAGUGUGGGUCCGUCUCACCUCCAAGUGUAGGCUCCUCCCAGCCCAGUCUUCAUCGUGGAGCUGAGGAGCCGCUGCUCGGUCCACAGACUUAUUUAACACAAGGCUGUUAGAGGCUCUGCUGACUCCCCGCCACGUACCUGAGUGCCCCUCUUUGGACAAAGCUGAGGCAGCGGUAGCGGAUGGAUGGAGAAAAGAAAGAAGAGGCGUAGAUGGGUGAGAACUCCCUCGGAAGUCUGAGUCUCGGUGGCCGUGUGCUAAGCCCUAAGCCCGGGUGCUAAGCCCUAAGCCCGGGUGCCUGGGAUCCCUUUGGGGUCCCUGCUCAGGAUCCGGCGUGGAUCAGAAAACCCGACUGUUGCAGGAAGGAGCUGAGAAUCAAUCUACGGAGGUGUUUCCAAGCUGCCGAGCUUGAAUCACCAUUUACUUCUGCUCUCCGGGUCUUUCUGUUACCUGAGUGAGUCUGGCCUCUCCAGUCCGCGUGGUCCUGCGACCCACUCACAGGCUUCCUUGCAGUUGGGAGACAGAGAUUCCCAAGGGGACACUCCCAUGGUACCCAAGCAUGUUCACAGUGGGAGCCACCCCCAAGGACGGAGCUGCGGUCCCCAGACCUGCUGAACCAUUCUGGAGUUGAGUCUUUUUGGAUGGGGAUAGAAAGGGGGACCUGGCCGCUAACAUAAUCCACACAUAGUCUUACGUGGGAGAACCACCACAGAAGAGUUCCCCAGCCCUGCGGGCCUUGCUCACUCUGAGAUCUCUAGCACCCAGCACAGUGACUGCUGCAGGAGGCAGAAGUGGGUGCUCGGGCGCCUCUUGCUCUCUCGAGCGGCUCACAGGAGAGAGACGAAGGCCUCUUGAAGAGUCCUCACUCAGGGUGAUGGGAAUCCUGUUUCCUUUUGCUCAUUUGUGUCACAUUCUUCCAUCGGGCUGGGCAACUGACAGUACCCCGCCUUGGGAGAGCACAGCACAGUCAUUUUCUAUUCCUUAUGGUAGCAGACAAGGUCCUUCAUAACAUGGGACCAAUAUAUCUCUGCAGCCUCAUUUCCUGGAUCAGCUCAGAAAAUGAGCCCCCAGUGCUUCACAGGACUUGGGCUUGGCCUCCUGGCGCUGCUGUUUUGGCAGAUGUACUAGACUCCAGGGUAGGCGCCCUCCCUCGCCUCAAGUACCGCGAGAUCCGGCGGCGCGGCUACGAUGGCGGCGGCGUUUGAAGCCUCGGCGGCCUUAGCGACGGUGGAGGCCGUUAUGCCGGCGGAGCGUGUGGCCGCACAGCUCGCGGCCUUGGAGCCACCCCCCGGGCCGGUGCGGAGCCUGCGGACGGCUCACGACGUCAGCGGCCCACGGACCCGCACGGGGGACGUGCUGCUGGCCGAGCCGGCCGACUUCGAGUCGCUUCUGCUGUCGCGGCCGGUGCUGGAGGGGCUGCGGGCUGCCGGUUUCGAGCGACCCUCGCCGGUGCAGCUCAAGGCCAUCCCACUGGGGCGCUGCGGGCUCGAUUUAAUUGUUCAAGCUAAAUCUGGCACCGGGAAAACGUGUGUGUUCUCUACCAUUGCUUUGGACUCUCUGGUUCUUGAAAACCUAAGUACCCAGAUUUUGAUCUUGGCUCCUACAAGAGAAAUUGCUGUACAGAUACAUUCUGUUAUUACAGCUAUUGGAAUAAAAAUGGAAGGCUUAGAGUGUCAUGUCUUUAUUGGAGGGACUCCAUUAUCACAAGACAAAACCAGACUUAAAAAGUGUCAUAUUGCUGUUGGCUCUCCUGGCAGAAUUAAACAACUAAUAGAACUUGACUACUUGAACCCAGGCAGUAUACGUCUCUUUAUUCUUGAUGAAGCAGAUAAGCUUUUAGAAGAAGGCAGCUUCCAGGAGCAAAUAAACUGGAUUUAUUCUUCCUUGCCUGCAAGUAAACAGAUGUUGGCCGUAUCAGCCACCUACCCUGAAUAUUUGGCUAAUGCUUUGACAAGGUACAUGAGAGAUCCCACUUUUGUAAGACUAAAUUCCAGUGAUCCGAGUCUCCUAGGUUUGAAGCAGUAUUACAGAGUUGUCAAUUCAUACCCUUUGGCCCAUAAGAUUUUUGAGGAAAAGGCUCAGCAUUUACAGGAACUGUUCAGCAGAAUUCCGUUUAAUCAAGCCUUAGUCUUUUCUAAUUUGCACAGCAGAGCACAACAUUUGGCUGAUAUUCUUUCUUCUAAAGGCUUUCCUGCUGAGUGUAUUUCGGGUAACAUGAAUCAGAAUCAGCGUCUUGAUGCUAUGGCCAAGCUGAAGCAGUUUCAUUGCAGAGUCCUCAUUUCCACAGAUUUGACUUCCCGUGGGAUUGAUGCUGAGAAGGUGAACCUGGUUGUAAAUCUGGAUGUACCAUUGGAUUGGGAGACAUACAUGCAUCGGAUUGGCAGAGCUGGCCGUUUUGGUACCUUGGGGUUGACAGUGACCUACUGUUGUCGGGGAGAAGAAGAAAAUGUGAUGAUGAAAAUUGCCCAGAAAUGUAACAUCAACCUUCUGCCUUUACCAGAUCCCAUUCCUCCUGGUCUGAUGGAAGAAUGUUCGGAUUGGGAUGUGGAGGUUCAAGCUGCUAUGCAUACAUAUGGCUUAGCAAGUGUACCUACCCAGCCCUUAAAAAAGCAGAUUCAAAAAAUAGAGAGAACCUUUCUAACUCCGAAAGCUCAUGGUAACCAUGUGGCUUCAUCCAGAAAUACUUCUGUAUCUGCACUCUUAGUCAAAUCAAAAAAUAAUACCAAACAAAAGCUUCCUGUGAAAAGCCACUCAGAGUGUGGAAUCAUCGAAAAAGCAGUGUCACCGAAAGAAGUGGGCUGUGGCAUACAAUUGGAAGAGCCGAUGAAGAAUUCUGUUCAGAUCUCUGUUGAAAACUCGACUGGUCAGCACCAGGUCAAAGAAGCUAUACCUGUGUCACUCCCUAAAAUUCCUUGUCUAUCGUCCUUUAAAAUCCAUCUGCCAUACUCUUUGACUUUUUCGGAAUUGGUAGAGGAUUAUGAACACUAUAUUAAAGAGGGGUUAGAGAAACCUGUGGAAAUCAUCAGGCAUUACACGGGUCCUGGGGAUCAGACUGUCAAUCCUCAAAAUGGUUUUGUAAGAAACAGAAUUCCUGAAGAGAGAGUGCAGGUAUUGGCAAGUAGCAGUCAAUCUGGAGACUCUGAGAGUGACAGUGAUUCUUACAGCUCAAGGACUUCUUCCCAGAGCAAAGGAAAUAAGUCCUACUUGGAAGGCUCUUCUGAUACUCAGCCGAAAGAUGCGGAGUCUACUUGUGUGGAUGGCCAUAUCUCUUUGGAGCAGCCUCUGAAUGGAAACAACAUCCCUAAUCCAGUAGAGUAUCAGGAAUCACCUGAAAUCCAGACAAAGGCAAGGCAUAAAGAGGGGGCUACCCAGAGAGCUAAGCAGAGCCGGAGAAACCCUCCCAGGCGGUCUUCCUAUCGAAUGCAGGCAGAACCCCAGGAGGAUGGUUGGUACGACUGCCACAGGGAAACCCAUCUGAAUUUUUCCGAGACCUACCAGGACUAUGAGGAGUACUGGAGAGCUUACUACAGGGCAUGGCAGGAAUACUACGCUGCUGCUUCUCAGUCAUAUUAUUGGAAUGCUCAGAGGCACCCAAGUUGGGUGGCAGCUUAUCACAUGAAUACCAUUUAUCUACAAGAAAUGAUGCGUGGCAACCAGUGAUGACAGGCAGUACCUCAUACCAUCCAGAAAUAUCAACGAGUGAUACCUUCGGAUAGCCAUCCUCCGGGGCCUUUAGCACAGUGCCAUUUUUGAGGAAUUUGAAAAGUCUUGAGGCUUUCUGCUGGGACACAUCUAUUUUUCAGACUGUUUUGACCUGUCUUAUUAGGUGAGGUAUAUUAUCUUUUUUUUUUUUUUUUUUUUGAGAAACUUCAUGGAUCAGAUCCUUGAAAGAAAAUUUUGGAGACAGAGCUAAAGGUCCCAGGAUGCCAUUUUCUGUAAGCCAUUCAAGAAAGAAACAUUUAGAAAGACUUAAUACCACUGUUUACUUAAAAAAUAAAAAUAAAAACAGUUGAGGUUUGAAAAAUAAUGUUAGUUUAUGCUGUGGAGUUCUUGACAAAAGGCUUGGGCUGUAUUUCUAUAGAGGUGUGUUCUUGUAGAAAUUUGUAACACGAUAGAUCAGAAAAUCCCUUUGCCUUUUAUGUUUAGGUAGGAAGGAAUAAAUAUUGCUUCACACUCGCCCAGAGGUAGCUUUGAUGCCAUUUGCUUCCAGGAAAAAUAUUUGUUACCAGUAAAAAUGCGAACUUAGCCAAAUGUUUAUUGACAUGUUUAUUGUUCAUCUUUUUUUCGAAUGUCUUGUUUUUAAGAUUGUGAAAGCUGUGUGUGUGUUUACGUGCAUUAAAUAGCUCAGGAUCAUCA